AGAUUGCCAAAGCUUCCAUGUCCAUUUUAUUCCUCAGUAUAUGGUGAUACCUGAUAUGCAUUCAGAAUUGAACUGAACUUAACACAAGGCUGAUCACAAUCUUUUGAAUUUACAUAGAAUUGGUUGUAUGCGCUGAUCCUAUCCGUCUCGUACUGUUCGCGGCCGCGUGCCUAUAUAUAAACUGCGUCGGCUUCUUACCGGCCGCACGAAGAAUCGAUGGCGAUGGAGAUUAUGCAACAGCUCGCCGCCGCCGCCACGGCAACGGCCCUGUGCCCUGAACCAUCUCUGAUGGCGAUGACGACGGCCGGCGCAGAUGGAGGCCGCCAUCGCGACGCUGCAUGGCAAGAAGCAACGCCUCCGCGAGGCCUGCGACAGCCUCGUCCUCCACUCGCCCAUCCUCCUCCCCUUCCGCUGGUCCGACCUCGACUCCCACCUCUCCUCCCUCCAGUCCUCUAUCCACGCCCGCUUCAGCUAGCUGCAGGCCCUCCAGGCUUCCCGCCCCGCGGCCCCCGCCGCCGCCGGGAGCCAUGGCGAGGACGUCCAGGAACAGGGAGAGGACGAAGUGAUGGCAGCGGCGGCAGCGAAGAUGGUGCCUCCGUUUACGGUGCUGCAGGUCAAGGAGAGGAGCCCGCGGAGGCGCCGGCAUGCGCGAGCAUGGACGCCACAAGGCUGUCGUCGAAUGCCGCCGGCAAGCGUGCCGGCGUCGGGCAAGAUGGGUUCGUUCGACCCGGUGGGAUGGCGGUGCCGGCGGCGGCGGCGAAGAUGGCGCCUCCGUCAAAGGUGCAAGUCAAGGAGGAACCAGUCGAUUCUGAUAUGCGGACAGGGUGGGCUAGAUAUGGUUUUUUUUAAAGAAGCAUAGAAGCACUUCCCUUACUUAAUAUAUGGUUGGAUCAUGCCAAUGUCCAUGAUUUUCGGACGACAAUUAAUGCUAUAAAUUGUACACUGCAAUGUGCUUUCUACAGUGAUUUUAUUAUUUAAUUG